GGAAAAGCACACAUCUGCUUGAAUUGACUGACUUUCUACUGUCUUUUUCAAUGAAGUCAUGACUUCUUCCCCUCUGCCUUUACCUAUUCAUCCUCGAUCUGGAAGCAGCAGCCCUGAUGAAAGUAAGAUUAUCCCCUUCCGCAAACGCACAGCUAGGCAAGUACGGUCUUCCAGCUGUGGCAUGGCAGUGAAUGUGUAUUCCACCUCUGUGACGAGUGAAAAUCUUAGUCGCCAUGAUAUGUUGGCAUGGGUCAACGAUUCAAUGCAGCUCAGCUGCGUCAAGAUUGAACAGCUAUGCUCAGGAAUUUCAUACUGUCAGUUUAUGGAUAUGCUUUUUCCGGGCUGCAUAGUUCUGAAGAAAGUCAAAUUCCAAGCAAAGCUGGAGCAUGAAUAUAUCCAUAAUUUUAAAGUCCUACAGGCAGCCUUCAAGAAAAUGAAUGUUGAUAAAAUUAUUCCAGUAGAGAGAUUAGUGAAAGGAAAGUUCCAAGACAACUUUGAAUUUGUUCAGUGGUUUAAGAAAUUCUUUGAUGCAAACUAUGAUGGAAAGGAAUACGACCCAGUUUUGGCCAGACAAGGACAAGAUAUAAUUCCACAAACCUUCGGAGGUGAACAAAUAUACAGCAAAUCGAAGAAACCGAUUGGCACUGCAGUGCCUCAGAGAACAUCUCCAACAACACCUAAGGUCGCACCCUCACGAACACCACAUGUACCACUCUCCACGGGUAUGAGGAAAACCCCGCACGUAGCCAGAAACGGAGCCAGUGAUGCAGAUGCCCAAAUAAUAGAGCUCAAUCAGCAGCUAAUGGAACUGAAGUUGACUGUGGAUGGCCUUGAGAAGGAGAGAGAUUUUUACUUCAGUAAACUAAGGGACAUUGAACUCAUCUGCCAAGAACAUGAAAGUGACAACCCCAUUGUCAUUCAGAAGAUUGUGGAGAUCCUGUAUGCUACUGAGGUGGAUAUUGUCAUUACUAUAUACCAUUCUUUUAUUAAGCGGGAGGUGUUGAUUACAUUGACAUUUUUGCUCGUCUUUUAUGUGUAGUAGAUACAGGGUGCU